CGGUGGGACGGUGGGACGCAGAGCUGCCGCAGCUGGACCGGGUGGGAGCAGAACCACCCCGGCCUGCAUUCACCCAUCUCUGUGAAUCCGAGGAACCGAUCAUCUUUUUCACGCCACCAUGAGGGAUUACACGGACACCCCGAGCAACGGAGGAGGCUACAUGCCGUGUUGCCAAGUUUGCGUUUUCGUUUUUACCGCAUUCCUGAUCGUUGCGGAGAGGACGGCCGUGAUCUAUUGCUUUGUGUAUUACAUUUGGAUUGGCCACAACUACUGCUAUGCUCAUCUUGCUGGCUUCACUGCACUCUUCCUGCUCCCAGGUUGGGGUCCACAGUGGCUCAGUUAUCUGUGGUAUCGCUCAGAUGGAAAAAUCCCCAGGAAAUCUCUCAGAUGGACUCACAUAUUACACCUGGGUAUCUUUAAAAGACUGUGGGACUGUAUGCGUCUCCCGGAUGAGGAUGUUUAUGGAGAAAUCAUGCAGCAGGCUGAUGUAUCAGCGUUACGUCUGUUUGAGGCCUUGGUGGUCACGCUCCCCGAAACGCUGCUCCAGACCUACGUACUCAUCUGUACCGACAUAGGAGUCCGCUCUCCUGCCUCGGUGUGUUUUGCUGUGUGUUUGCUGUCUCUGGCCUGGGCGCUGGUUCUGUACGCCAGAUCCUGCUCACUCAUCAGACCGGGACACCUGCACAUGACUCCAGCUGCCAUUCUUUGCCGACUCCUGUGGAGGGUUGGCAUGUUGGGAUCUCGGUUUGCUGUGCUCAUGCUCUUCACACGCAUCUUCAAGCAGUGGGUCCUGGGAGUCAUUGGUGUGCACUGGCUGGGUGCAACUUUCUGGAUGGUGUCUCAGCAAACCGACGUCAUCCGUUCAACGAGCCGAUGGAGUAUUUUCAACCUCGUUCUGGGAGCCGUUCACGUCUUUCUCUUCCUCAACGUGAAGUACGGUCCGUCCAGAUACCGCAUGGCUGCGUUUUACCUGGUCAUGUUUUUUGAGAACGCUCUUCUUCUUCUGGCCUCCUCCUGGUUUUUUGCGAUGGUGUCCUGGGACACUGUGGGGAUCCCGGCUGCAGUCUUCUGCAGCUUCCUCAUUGGUGUGAUAGCGUUGGUGCUGUACUACCGUUUCCUGCAUCCCAAGUCUUUUGAGAUCUUCCAGAGUAUUCGCCACAGGGGGAUCGGUGGGGCUUGCAUGGAGCGAGGAUCUACACUCUCACUGGAGGAGAAAGUCGAGCCCAAUUUCCAUCACCGUACAACAUUGUCUGGAGGUGGGACCCUGAUGGACCUGCCCAUCCAAUGGGAAGGCUGGAAGCAUCACCACUGGCUGCUGAUUCGUUUAGCUCUUAAGACAGGAGACGUUUCAAGGAUCUGGUCAGCGUACGGAGAAGGCGGACUGGCCGGACUCAUGGGUCUCCCGGAAGAGAUUCACUCCCCUGAUGUGCAUCAUGUACCCCGGGUUCCACCUCCUCAACCGAGAGUUCUUCAAAUCUCACACCCAGUUCCUCAACCAGCCCCUCCAGCUCCUCCACCGCUGGUCGUCCAAACUCCUCAGGUGAGUGAAGUCGUCCAGCCACCUAAACCAGCUCACAGCAACAUUGUGGCCCGACCAGUGAGAAAAGCUCCUCCCACAACCAUCAAGGACAUGAGGUUUCCAGAGAUCAUCCCUUUCCAGGAGGUCAUUCCUGAGGAAACCACAGAGGACGAAUUAAGCGCCGCUCCAUCAGAUGAUAAAGGUGACGAGGAUUUCCAGAGCGCUGCUUACGGCUCACCGUCUCUGUCCUCUCCUCAACUUGGCGGAAGCCUCCGCCACAUCGACAGCAACGCCGCGUCUCUCACGGAGGCGUCCUCCUCCGUGGCGUCUCUGGACAUCAAGACGCCUGGCUGGUCCCCUGAGCGCCGCUCUCCUCUCCUGUUGGCCUCCCCAGAGAAGAAGGAGGGAACCCCAGCAGAAUCCAACACUACUCUGUAUUUCAGCGCAGACGCCCCGUCGCCGUCCAGCGGCAGCUACCUGGGCUGGGGCUCGGAGCUGUCGCCUAUUUCCUCCUACAGAAGACCCUAUCGGAUCAGAGAAGCCCGCUUUGUCACGUCCGCCCCUCGACUGGAGGCUGCAGGUGGAGCUGAAAGCCCCGGCCCGGCGCCGGUUGUUAUCAUUCCCGCUACUCCCGGCACAACACCGGGUACCACUCCAGGAGGAACACCUGGAGCCACCACACCUGCAGCUUCCACUCCUGGUGCUGCCACUCCUGGUACUCCACUCACACCAGUCAUCUCCCAUGCUCGCAAACAGAUGGUGCAGUUUGUGGACUUUAGAGAGAAUUUAGUGUAAAGUAAAGGAAAAGCUAACAUUUCCAGUUCAGCUGUUCAGUAUAUAAAAGCAUUCUUGUAUUAACUAACUUGUUAUGAAGUCUUUUAAGGCAGUCAUAGAGUUUAUCUAUAAAGUAUUUAUUCUUUUGUGCAGACAGAUUAUAUUACAUAAAAUAGGAUUGUAAACAGAUGGCUCUCCCGAUAUCUGGACAAUACACCGAUUUGUAAGAGUUAACCCUUUAAGGCAGUGCUUCUCAAUUCCAGUCCUCAGGCCCCCCUGCUCUGCAUGUUUUAGAUGUGCCCCUUUUUCAGAGCAGCUGAUCCAAAUGAUUGCAUUACCUGUUCAGCAGGCAUCAAGUACUGCAUAAGCCUGUUAAUCACUCAUAGAUUCAAUCCAGGUGUGUGGCAGCAGUGAAACACCGAAAACAUGCAAGGCAGGGGGGCCUGAGGACUGGAAUUGAGAAGCGUUGCUUUAAGGUGACCUAUUUUGUGUCAGUGGUCAGAUUAUGAUUUAUCUAUGCGCAUUUUCUUUGCACAAAAUAAUUAUUAGAUGAUGACAUUUACUCUGUUAUUUUCAGAAUGAGGAGUUUUAGGGCCUCAUGUCACUUUAAAUCCAAAUAAGCUGCUGUCCACAAUUCAACGUUUACACUCACAUGUGAAAAUGGUUGAAAACAGAUACAGAAUUAUACAACAGUACAUCUUUGAAAAGCAUUAGUAGAGCCUCCUGUACAACCAACAAGAAUUUAUCAUGUGGUUUCUGGAUGGAAAAUCAUCAACUUCCUGCAGCCAUUGUACAGCAUACAGAGUUGAAACCAGUUGACCAAACAUGCUGGAGCCCCACUUUGGUUGCUACGUAACAGGCAGGGCUACGUAAUACGCAGAACUUAAGUCUGCGUAUUAAGUUCUGAUGUUGAUCCAGCAACCUUACCAUUGCUGCUCUGCAAAAACACAAAAUCUUACCAAGUAUUUUUUGUUUAAUUAAUAGUGCAAAUGUCUUAGCUCACUUGAAAUAGGACAAAAUCAACGAGUAACUCUUUAGCAUAAAAUAUGAGCUUGUUUAAAUUUAAUAAUUCAUCCAUCCAUCUUCUUCCACUUAUCCGGGGUCGGGUCACGGGGGGUAGCAGCUUCAGAAGGGAGGCCCAGACUUCCCUCUCCCCAGCCACUUCUUCCAGCUCCUCCGGAGGAAUCCCAAGGCAUUCCCAGGCCAGCCGAGAGACAUAGUCCCUCCAGUGUGUCCUGGGUCUUCCCCAGGGCCUCCUCCCGGUGGGGAGGAGGCCCCGGGAGGCGUCCAGGAGGCAUCCUGACCAGAUGCCCGAGCCACCUCAACUGGCCCCUCUCGACAUGAAGGAGCAGCGGCUCUACUCUGAGUCCCUCCUGGAUGACUGAGCUUCUCACCCUAUCUCUAAAGGAGAGCACAGACACCCAACAGAGAAAACCCAUUGCAGCCGCUUGUAUCCGCGAUCUCGUUCUUUCGGUCAUGACCCAAAGCUCAUGACCAUAGAUCAGGUACUUAAUAAUUCCUAAGUAUUGAUAUUAAAAAAGUACUAAAUCCAAUGGCAGGUUAUUUCACUAAAAACCUGCACUUUUUAUGCCAAUAUUAAUUAAUUAUUUGCUUAAAACAAACUCCUCCAUCGUGGUGAAAAGCUACUUUUGUCUAAUUUCAAGUCUACUAAGAUAUUUGAAUUAGAAGUUAGUAUAAAAAUGGUAGAAAUUUUUGUGGUUGCAGUGUGAGGUGUUGGAUUUCUGUUUCUUAUCCCGCUGUUUUUUCAAAAACAAAACUAAACAUGGCGAUCAUGAUGUUUUGACUGGCUGCUGGCUUCUUUUUGUUUCCGAAGUAGAGCUUAAUGUUGGAAACGCCAAAAAAUAGUUUAGUAAGUUCUUGAACCAGUUUGGCACUGGUACCAGUUUGGUGAGAUGAGACUGAAGAGAGACAGCAUCAACUGCCAAUACAAUAUAUUUAUUUUAUCUUGUCAUAAAAACUGUUUUUAUCUCUUCUAUCACUUUUAGCAUAAAUGUGCUUCUCCAUGAUCUUUCUGGUAAUUUAGUUUAAUUUCUGAAGUGAUCUCACUCUUAUCUUAUCUUAGGAAACCACAGAUAUGGACCUCUUUACAUUUCAACGCCGUUAACUCUUUCAAAGCAAAAUAAUAAAAAAAACAAAAUCCAUGUAAAGCUUCAGACUUUCACCUGAUUGUUGUUUAUUAUUACUUAUAUUUUAGUUAUGUAUAUUUCUAAACUUUGACUCAAUUCUUUAUUAAUAAAUAAUUAGAUUUCUUUUCAUUUCAAGCUAACAGUCUGCUGUAGGGAAAUGACCACAACACUCAGAUUUAUUUGCUUUCUUGGUUUGUAAAAUUAAUGACCAAUUUUCACAGUUUACUGAAGACUAAGGUCAGAAAACCAGAGAUUGAGACAAGGAAGGGAAAGGUAGGGGAAGACAACAAAACAAAACCAGAAUGCAAUCAAAGUAAAAGAAAAAAACAUAAUUUAAGAAACAAUGAAAAACCCCCUGAUUAAAUUAGAUUAAAAAGUGAAUAUGUAGGAAAGGGUCAAACAAAAAAAUGUAAAAUGUUUGAAUUGAUGUUUUAUUCAUGUCUUCCAUGUUGUUUGUUGUUCAUUUUUCAUAGCACUGUGAUAUUAUAGCAAACAUCUUAAUACAUCAGUUUUUUUGAACCUGUAAAAUAAAUGUGUGGUAUAUUUCACAGGAAGGUAAGCUGCUCUUAUUUGAAGACAUGAAAACAGAAGAUUAGAAAGACAUUAUAAAAUAAAGAAAUAACUAAAGUUGACAUGCUUUAGGCAGAGCCGAUCUAUUACAAAGAACAAAUCCAUUCACAGCAUCAUCACUGCAUGGUUCUCAAAGAAGAAUAUAGGAAGAAAGGACAGUAAUUUGAAAAGACAUGCACAGUAUUGUAGCUAACAUUAAUUUGUAUGUGUGUGCAACAGCAAUAAGGCAGCUUAUGCAAUGGAUAUCUCACAGUGCUACAGAGAAAAAUACACGCUCAUGCUUUACACCAGAAACGCCUCAUAGAAAUGCUGUCAGCUGCCACACUUGCCUGCUUUCCCUUUGGUACUUAAUGAAAAUAAGAAUGUUGUAAAAUAUUUUCAUUGGGUUUUUAUGUGUUCAAUUUAAAAAAUGAAGGUUUGUGUUGGAUGUUUGUGUACAAAGCAGAUUUGUGUAAAGUGUAUCACUGAAACAAAAACUUGUCUUUUAUCUUUCUGAACAAAUAAGCAUCACCUUAUUUGUGCAAGGCUUUACAGGACCUCUUUGGUAGAAGUGACCCAUAAAGUGUGUUAUUGAAGUGGCAAAAAUAAAGAAAUUUAUCAUGAAGCAAGGAAA